AUGGAAGAGGAGGUUCUUGAAGACAGCCACUGGACAGGCUGCACAGAUGUCCCUGUCGGUCGACAGAGACAUUAUGUCCUUUCUGGGCUAGAUUCUAGAAGUACUUAUAGAGUCAGGGUCAUGCAUUCCUCUGAUUUUGGAGAUACAGACUGGUCUCCUUACAAAAUCUAUCUCACUGCUAUUGAGGAGACCAAAGAGGUCUACAAAAGAGCAGAGAUCUUUGCAAAAGGAACAUCAGCUGUUAAUCACGGAGAAUCUGUUAUCAUGGUUGACGGUAAUAUAAUAUUACAAAAAGCAAACUACAGAGGCCUCUACCUAGUUGUUCUAGAUCGUAAAACUUUAGCAAAGACGGAUUCAGCUAUUGGUGUCAGUUCAAUUACUGAGAAAUUAGGAGCUCUUGAUGGCGAAUCGAUUAUUGUAAUUGUCUCAAAUAACGUCUGGGAGGACGAUUUUUCCAUUGAAUUAGGCAACCAACUUCAGAAAUUUGGAGGAUUUUACAUCAAAGAGUUCCAGUAUCAAUAUAGUAGAAGAUUUAGUGAACACACAAGGUCUAGACACCUUAAGUUUGAAGAUAUUUCAGAGCAAAAUAAUUAUUUCCAUCCCUUUGCUUUUAUAGGAAUUAAAGGAAUUCCUCCAGGAAUGGCAUAUGAGAGUAUAAGGAGUAAUCAAGGCUAUUUCUUGGAGGAAUCAGCACAACCCCAAGCAGAGCUUAAUGUCUUCCUUGAGUACAACAUAAUGACACAUCGUUAUGUGUUUGACCAAAUUCAAGUAGAAAGCGAAAUGAGAAUGAAUGAGGAUUACAAAGUGAUCCAUAAGAAUAAGAAUCGUUCCCUAAUGAAUAUAAUUCAGUACCUUGCUUCUGUGAAUCUAACAGUUGCAGUUGAUGCUCUCGAGUCUGGUUUUCAAAGUACUUACUAUGAUAAGUCUAUUCUUGUAAAUUCAGAAAUUCCUCAGAGACUUUAUGAAAACAACUCAGUUGUUGUAGCAGGAGUCGAUUUGAAGACUAAGCCAUAUUACACUUAUUUACAGAACUUUGUGCACAACGAUGGGAGAUGUGAAGCUCCUUACACUGAUUACACAAAUUCCUUCUGAUAUGAUCUCUCUACUCUUGGAUCUGACAUCCCUGAUAUUUUCAAGUGAAAAAUUGGUUUGAUGCCUUAUAAUUGUCCGGCAAUGGCCGAUAUUGAGAAUUCAUUCUCAGGAUAUUUCUAA